CUCGCCCUCCUUCCAUUCCCCCCUCGCCGCCCCUUCUUGCCCUUUGCCCUCCCCUCGCCUCCUCCACCGGCGGAAUUAAUCCGACACGAGCGAACCCUCAAACACCUCGCCGUCAAACCCUCAACCAUGGGACCGCAUCCAGCCACCGUCCCCUGCUCCCUCCGGUGCGGCGCCGCCGCCGCCGCCGUCCGGCGAUCCGGGUGGGCGCGCAGCGCCGGUUUCCUCGUCCGCGACGGCGGCCGUAGCAACGGAACCGGCGUGAAGCUGUCCUGCGUCGGCCCUACUGCCUGGAGCUACCCCCACAACUUCGACUCAGACUCGGAACCCAUGCCGCCUGGCCGUUGGUGGGGGGAGGCGCUGCUCGAAGAAGACGCCGAGUUUUUUCCUCUUGCCGAUUUCAUCCCAGUCGGACAGGGCAGGAAGGAGCUGGAUGCGAUAUGGCACGCCCUCGUCGCCGGCCCCCUCGAGUCCGUCCAGCUGACCCUGCGUGAGAUCCUGGCCGCCGGCAACCUGUUCCGCUGCCGCAGCUUCCACCUCGGCACCCUCUCAGGUGCUUUGCUGGUCGUUGCUGGGGUUUUCCAACUCUGCAAAACGUCACCCACCCUUUUCGUGGACAUUGUUCUUGGAUCUGUGUUCUACAAGCUAAGCGUUUUAUCCGGACAGUUGCAAAGGGAGGGCAAGUCAUUUAGCAUAUGUGCACGGAUACAGCUAGUCCUUCUGCUUAUUUUGUCUUUCAAGGAUAACGGUGCUUCUCAGGGCUUCUACCGCUUUCUUGUGGAAUCAAUCUGGUUGCUCAACAUUUAUGUGUAUCUCAUAAUGGCCUACGACGCGACCGUCGGCGUGAAGCAUGGCAGACUCGAGUGGCUUGGGGUCUAUAGAAUGCUGCGGACGAAGGGUGGCCUGAUGAAGGUGCUGAAGCAUACCUUUCUUGAUAUUUUGGGAGGGAACAAGAAGCCAGUCUCGAUAAAAAGAAGGCACAGAAAGGGCCAGUAAGGGGGGAUGCAAAUAGGGUUCUCACUUGUGUCAGCUGGUGGCAAUUAGUAGUAGAAUCACUUACCAUAUCUAGGCAAGGUUAAGCUGGUUGGCUCAAUGGGUUCUUCACACCGUACCGUAUGCUUGUGGUGUGGCUUCGCACUGAAGAAGAUAGCCUGUUCUGCGCUUGGAUGGAACGCUGGAGUUACCUUUUGUUGAUACGGUUUCAGCGAAGUCGGUGAACUGAAUCGUGUUUAUAUCGAAUCUUUUUUUGCUGAAGAUGGUGUGUUCUUCUUUGGUUGUAGCAGAAAAGUCUCAAGGUUAAGUGCGAACAGUUGACAGUGAAGUGAUGGGUUAAGAUGGGUCUUUGGCUGUAGCAGAAAAGUCUGAAGGUUAAGUGCAAAAAGAGUUAAGAUGGGCCUAAACUAGAAAAUGUGCCAGGAUUAUCAAAGGACUUCCCAAUCA